AUGGCGCGCUCACUGACAUCAAAUUCUUCAUCCAGAUUACAAAAUUAUUCUGUUGAAGAGAAGGAUGAUACGGCCUACCUUGCUUCAUUGACAGCUCAAAGAAACGCCAACGCUUUCUUUGAGAAGUACGAAAAGGGUGAAGUUCAGGAGUUGCUGAGCCUGACCUCUUGUAACUGGUUUCUGUAUGGUGAUGACUUCACUCAGCCAGCUGAAAUGCCGCCAGGCAUAAUCAAACAAAUGAGGAACUUCACGGAAUCAAACUUCAUCAUUCUCGCACCUGUGGAUGCGCGAGUCCUUCUUGAUUACAAAGUGGUCCAUCAAAUCGUCAGAGAGCUCACAGUUGCCAUCUAUUGUUUCAACCAAGUGCCAUUUAUCAGUCUUGAGCCAAACUUUGACCAGAGCACCUCAUGCCAACUGUCUCCAGCAUAUUAUGAUACGAAAGUAGGCCAAAUUCUGGUUAAUAUUGACUACACUAUAAAGGCUCUUUGGCAUGGAGCCAACAUCCCUAGAGAAAAGCGCAUUCGCUUCUCUGAACUCUGGAGAAGCAGCAUGGGUGUCGACUCAAAUGGAAUACCCCAGACGAAGAAAGAUGUGUUUGCAGAGUUUCUCACUGCAGGUAUUUGGGUGACAGACAGAGAAAUGUCAUGUUAUGCAAGAUAAAUACAGACAGAUAAAUGCAUGCCCUAACUUUGGGGCAAAAUUGUGUCCGUUUUCAAAUAAUGAUGUUGAUUAGAUUCAAUUGAACAUGCCUACUUUAGAAAUAGGAUUCCCCUCAACUGGUGGUGCUUGUUGUGUCCUCCAGGUCUUCAGGACAUCUCAGAGGAGCCCUGUUACCAUGGCAUAUACAACGGGGAGGUCAAUGUGGAUCCGACCUACGACCCCAACAGUGCUGAGGAGGAGAGGCUUUUUUCCCAACACCAGGAGAGCAUCCUGCUCAAGCUGACGUCCUACCUGUCCUCGGCCCGACAGCACGGCAACCUGUUUGUGUUCGAGAGUGCCCACAGUCUGGCCAGUGUGGUGAGGCUGACAGAGGAGAGGCUGGAGCUGGCCACCUACCAGAGGCUGCAGCAGAGGCUGGGUCUACAGGCGGGCCUGGUGAGGGGCUGCUUGGAGAGGAAGGCAGAGGUGUGCCGAGACCUGGCUUACCUGCGCCUCCUCACCUUCCUGGUGCCCUUCCUGGUAGGGCUGAAGAAGAGGAUGAAGAUCCCCGACCUGGCGCAGAUGCUACCAGCUUACUCAGGUCAGUUGCUACAGCGCAACAAUGAAAUUUACAGGAUCUCCAUGAGCAACAGUACAUCUCUGUGCUACUUACUUACUGCGUUCAUACCGGUAUUUGAAUUCUAGACUGAGGCCAAUUUUCUGUCACUUAAACAACUAGGUUCCAUAUUGCCUAAUAAAUCAGACUUUUAUACCAAUACUUAAUAUACAGUCUGAAACAGCAAUGCAAAAUCAAAGUUUUCCUUACAAGCCAGAAUGUUGACUACAAUUACAUUUGAACUUACUCUACCGGUUGUCUGCUCGGUUUACAGCUGCUCUAAAUUUUAGACAAAAUAUCUACAGGAAAGCAUUGUUUACACAACUUUUUACAGUGCCAGUACUGUUGUUGAAAUGUAUAUCACCUGACACGUGCAAAACCAUGUAAACACCUGCAGACUUCGGUUACGUGCAUGCGUCACGUGCAUGUACUUCCGUCUUAUGGACGUGGCUUUGGUCACAAGCAAACAAAUCUUGAUUGCCACACACAGAGACCUCUGUUUUGAAGUCAGGUUAAUAACACUUUCCUUUGGAUAUUGCCUCACAUUUCAACCAACUGAAGGAUCAACACCACGGACAAUCGGCAGAGUAAGUUCAAAUGAAGUUUAUUCAACAUUCUGACUUGUAGGGACUGUUUGGAAUGUUUUAACAUAAAUGUGCGUGGCGUUGCCUACAUAAUUUGAAGGGCUUUGCCACGUUUCAUGCCUAGGUUCCCUAUGGCUAUCAUACCAUUGACUUUGGGGUUGCAACAGAUGUGUUUAUCGUUGUUUUUGUAGAGGAUAAACUGAAGACAGAGAGGGAAUUACCACCAUUGCUCCUUGGACCUGCAUUCGCCUGUAAACAUUUUCCGUACAAGUCAGAUGAGUAUUUUCACCUACACGGUGGGAUUGAAGUUGACAUCGGAACCCCUCAGCUAGAGGAAGUCUCUGAGGAAACAAAGGUGAGAGUUGGAUUCACUUACUAGUUAGUAGUGAGCCGUCACAAGCCACUUAAGAGCCAUCUACUUCCACAGUGAGGGCCCUAGUUUAAUAAUGAAAUCAGGUUGUCUUGUGGUUCCCUCCAGGAGGCCUUUGCUGCACUGCAGAGUCUUGCAGUAGAUCACCUGAGAGACCUGCUAAGUCAGGACACCACCUACAAAGAGCACUUCCCCAUACCAGUCCACGAGGUCAACGGCAAGAAGUAUGUUAAGUUCACUUGCAGAGAAGCUGUCUUAACAUGCACGCAUAAACACACACACCUCACUUACAUUGUGCUCGGAGGCCUUAUACUCCACACUCUCGCACACAGAUGCACUUGUAAGAGAAGUGAGGCUCUUACACGCUGCUUGGUGUCUUUGACAGCUAUCAUGUCAUCUCUAUUGAGGUGGGCUCAUUCUACCAUCAGCCCAAUGUGGUUCCAUGGUGGGAGGCCCUCAACACUGCCAUCAAAACCCUGAGAGGGAAGAGACUGCCUCUCACUGACAUCCAGCUGCACGAGCAGUUCAAGAAGACAUUUGGCUACAAAAAGGCCAUCAAAUGCAAGGUGAUGAUGGAAAAGAAGAUAUAGCAAUAUACGAAACUGUUCUUUUUUUUAUAGAGUGUUAGGUAAAUGUAAAAGGCUUGUAAGAUCGUGUGUGUUAUUUCUCACUGGGGUCAGAGUGUGCCAUUCGGCCUCCAUGCUGCGGCAGAGCGCGGCCUAUCUGCCGUGUUCUACUCGCUGUGCCGCCGGAACUCUCCAUCUCACCUGGGGGUCCUGGAUGAGCAGGGCUACUCCCUGCUGCACCACGCCGCCAAACACAACCACACGCACAUCAUCUGCCAGCUGGCCACCAACGGGGUCAAUCUCAACCAGACACGCAGCGGCAGGUUCAGCCGCACAGGUCAGAGACACAAGCCUCUCUCUCCCUUACUCUCGUUUACACACUUUCCUAAAAACUGUUUACAAACACCUUUAUUUUGCAGUGAAAUCUGGAGGGGGCGGCGGGCCCCCAAAAGAAGGAGCUGGUAAGCACAUACCAGUGUGAGUAUGUCAGCCUCACUCUACUGUAACGAAAUAGGGCUUUUAGACACAGCUUUCCACUGUUUGUUUGUACAUGUUCCAGGCUCCACUCCCAUGCACCUGGCUGCUCAGUGUGGUUCCCUGGAGGCCAUCAGCUGUCUGCUGGCUCUGCAGGCCGACCACCGGCUAGUGGACCGCAGGGGCUGGAUGGCUGUACACUUUGCUGCCUACUACGGCCAGGUGGCCUGCAUACAGGCCCUUUGCAGAAAAGACCCAGAGCUGGUGGAGAUGCAAACCACUGCCGAGUGAGUGAGGAGACACUUUUAGGUUUAGAAUAGAUGACAUGUCUAACAGGGAUCAAUAGGAUGCAACAGCAGGCCACUGGCACUGUUACACAGAUGCUUUCAGUAUCAUUUAAUGUAACACUAGCAUGACAUUGCUCUGUAAUCAGCACAUACAACAGUGGAGGCUGCUGAGGGGAGGACGGCUCAUAAUAAUGGCUGGAAUAGGGUCAUUGGAAUGGUAUCAAACACAUGGUUUCCAUGUCGUUGAUACCAUUCCAUUGACUCCAUCCCAGCCAUUAUUUUUAUUUUUUAUUUUAUUUCACCUUUAUUUAACCAGGUAAGCCAGUUGAGAACAAGUUCUCAUUUACAACUGCGACCUGGCCAAGAUAAAGCAAAGCAGUGUGAUAAAAAUAACAACAACACAGAGUUACAUAUGGAAUAAACAAAACGUACAGUCAAAAACACAAUAGAAAAUAGAACAUCUAUAUACAGUGUGUGCAAAUGUAGUAAGUUAUGGAGGUAAGGCAAUAAAUAGGCCAUAGUGCCAUAGUCCUCCCCUCAGCAGCCUCCACUGACAUACAAGUAACAGACACCACAAAAUGCACUCGGGCAGUAUGGAUGCAUCUGCUUCUACACGCACACAGGUUUAGUUUUUUGUCUCCUCAGGUACCGCAGCUGCCCGUUGCUCCUGACGGCCACUUCGGGCUCCGUGGAGGCCCUGGACUACCUGCUGUCCGCGGGAGCCGACUGGCGGAGGAAGGACAGCAAGGGCAACGACAUCGUGCAGCUGGCCGCCCUCUACUUCCACCCCAAAGUCCUCAGGCACCUCAUCUCCCUGGGCCUGCCGGACCUGCCCGUCUGGAAGAUCCUCGUGGGUACGCUGCCUGGUGGAAAAGAUGGAGAUGGGAAUUAGCUAGCUAGCGAGGGUUACGCUAGGCCAAUGUUUGGUUCGCAGGUUGUAUCCGUACGAUGAGUCUGCACUGAUACUGAGGCCUGUGUGUGUGUGUGUGUGUGAUGGAGCAGAGAUGCUGCACAGCGAGGACCACCGCAGGCUGGAGAUGGCCAUCCGCUGCCUGGAAGCUCUGUGUGUCACGGCCAAUUCCUUCUGGAGGGAUAUCAUGGAUGCAGGUGAGUGAGUUUUUGGAGCGUUUGGGCCUAUAUCAGACAGGAAGGCUUUGUUUUAUACUAUAACCAUGAAUACUAGCUUUAUAUUGCCAAUUUACAUGUUUGCCUUGCAAAACCAUCCUUGGAAUUAUACUCCAUAUCACAGUAACAUUACAGCAUUAAACAUGUUGGUACUAGGGAACACAAAGCUAGGCCAAUUGCAAUAGAAUCAAAAUACUUACGGACCCUAAAGCAGCUUACCUAUUCUGUAGGAGGGAUCCCGGCCCUGUUGGAGCUAAUGCGCAGCACGAGACCAGUGCUGCAAUGUAUGGCUGCCGCCGUGGUGUGUCACAUCUCGGAGAGGACGCCCGUGUGUGAGGCCCUGGUGCGCUACGGUGCCGUGCCGGUGCUGGUCAAUCUGCUGGGCAGCCGGCAGGCCGAGCUCCACUCCCGCUGUGCCCUCAUACUGGCAGACCUGGCAGGGCACAGUGACCAGUACCAGUCCCUCAUAGUCCAGCAGGUUAGUACUACUGAUAUAAUCAGUCUUUCCCAUAGCCCAUCUGGUUAGUAUUGUUAUAACUAAUAGGUUGGUUCAGUUAUAACCAGUCUUGUGUGUGUGCACGCGCAUGUGUGUGCCUGUCUGUCUGUAUUUGUGUAUGUUUGACCAUUCGUAUGUGUCCAGGGUGGAGUGGCCCCGUUGGUGAAGCUCCUGGGCUCGGACCUACAGGAUGUGCUGGUGAACACUGUGCGGUGCAUCAAGGCGCUGUGUGUCCGUAGCCCCGGCAACCAGACGGCCGUGGCUCUGGCUGGGGGGAUUCCACAACUUGUGGAGCUCUUGACUGUCAGAUCAGGUAUACUGUUAAAUCAUGAGUAAGACGAUGAUGAUGAUCUAGAACAUGAUGAUGAAUCGUCUCUUUGGUCGUGUAUCUCCAGAAGUGCUGCAGGAGGAGGCGUGCACGGCUCUGGCUGAGCUGGCUAAGGGACACCGGGAGAACCAGGACACCAUCUGUGGAGCGGGCGCCGUGGCCCCACUGGUGUUCAUACUGCGGGGGAGGAAGAUGGCCGCGCAGCUGACUGCGGCCAGAGCCCUGGAGGCCAUUGCCGAUCACAACCCUGCCAUACAGGCCUGCUUUCUGAAAAAGUUGGCCGCCAAGCACCUCCUACGACUCUUAAAGGUAGGACCUGAGCAAGUCAAAUCAUUGUUUCCCUCAUUUUUAAAUACGCUCAUGGAAUUCUUGAACAUGUAUAUUCAUGUACUUUAAGUUGUGUCCCCUGGGCCAUGUUCAGGGUUGAGUUCAGUAGGACACGCGUUAUCAAACUGUUUUGCCACAGAAAAUGAACAUCUGUGUUCUUAUGGGACAAAUUCAGGUAGUACCGCCCCGUUUCAAUCUUUCAAAACCUUUUCUCCCUAUUGAACGUGACCCAGGUGUUCCAGGUCGAGGCGAGGGAGCAGGGGGCCGUCUCUCUAUGGGCCUUGGCAGGACACACUCUGAAGCAACAGAGACUCAUGGCAGAGCACAUCGGCUACCACUUCAUCCUCGAGCUCAUCCUUUCCUCCUCCGACAGGAUGCAAUACGUCGGUAGGUUCCUUUAACUCUCAUUUAAAUGCUACCUCUCUGUACUUGCUAGGUCUCUUACGCAAAAGAGGUCACUUACACCAAAUUCAUCUCUCUCACAAGAGGACUCUCCAGCAAAGCAAAGGUUAAAUGGCAAUCAUCGGUUCAUGGACAGAGUUGGCUCACUAACAAGCUAACAUUGAGCUUUUCCAGACAUUUUAUUCGGUCAGGGGGAUGCCCUCUCCAGGGAUCGUUGAAACUAAACACUGAGUGUUGUAAAACAAUGAUACUUCCAUGCGGCGUUGACAGGCGAUGCAGAUGAAUGAUUGACUGUACCAUAAACAGGCACCCUGAGGUUUGUGCUGGAGCGAGGCCCGCCUCUGUCACCGCAAGCCCAGCCACCUCCUACCCCCAGACGGCUUUCCUCUGCUAGACUCAUCACCCGCAGCCAGAGCACAGGAAGGCAUGCAGUCAGGAAUGCCUGUCUGUCUAUCCCUCCAUUGGGAAUCCCAACUCCUUUUAUAAUCUCCAACCGGCAUAGCCAGAAGGGGACUGGCCACCCCUCAGAGCCUGGUUCCUCUCUAGGCUUCUUCCUAGGUUUCUGCCUUUCUAGGGAGUUUCUGUAUAGCACUUUGUGACAUCUGCUGAUGUAAAAAGGGCUUUAUAAAUAAAUUUGAUUGAUUGAUUGAAAAGAAGUGGAACACAAUCUCAAACAAAAUUGAAUGUGACAAACAUUUCAAUAUCCCAAAGUUGAUUUGGAAGAACUGGGGUAUCAAUUGAAAUGGGAUGGGUCACUCCCCAUACCUCUGUCACUCCUUGAACACGUGUGUUCCCAGGUUGUUCUUUGCUGUAACAUGUGAAGAGCCUCUACUCUUCCCUCAGGUCCUCUGUCUGUCACACAUCUCUACAGAGCAUCUGUACAGCAGCUUCUGAAAUAGUUUCUGUCCAGACAAGACAACAGCUGUUUCUUUCAUUCCAGCCUUCUUUUUCACAAAAAAAUGCCUGUCCUCUUAAAAGGGAGACGAACUGAGGUUAAUGAUGUGGAAAUGGUAGGCCUGCGCCUGACCACAAUAACACCACGACAAUGGUUUACAAAGUUAAUGUACAGAUUGAAUUCUAGGUAACACUUUACCUGAACCGUCUGUCACAAAGUCUACAUAAUGCCAUCAUAGUAAUGGCAUAACAGUCAUGACCGCUGAUGUCAGCUUAUAGGCCUAGCGACUAACUUUACAUUAUGCUAACCCAAAAUCGUUAUUAGGGCCAGCUAAUGGGCAGGUCAUAACUCUAGCCAACUAGCUGUUUCAUGAGCUGACAGCUGGCAUCAACUUAUGCCUUUGUCCUGUCAUCUUCACACUGAUGGUCACCACUGCUGGCCAAUACUCCAUAAAGGCGUCACUCACUCACAUCCCAGCGCUGCCACCAAUUGUAAAAUGUGGUGUGGAGGUUUCAGAUCUGGUCAGGCCAGAGAGGGCCCUUAUGAAAUAAGUCAAGUCAAGGUUUACAUACAAUUCAGCUUGGUAAAUUGUAAUAAAAUAGUAUUGUGUUUCAGGCUGCCAGGCAGUUAUAGCACUGAGCAGGGACAGUCGGAGCCACCAGGACGGGCUGUGUAAAGAAAACGGGGUGCCCCCACUGGUUCGCCUACUACGAGGGUCCCGGACCACAGAGAGAACCCUCCUCAGUGUUAUACGAUCCCUGGGCAUCCUGUGUAUUGGUUUGUACAUUCUCACUGUGGCCUUAAUCUUAUCUUGAGAAACACAGUACAUGCACUCAAAGGUUUGCAUAAACCAUGCAUUGGUAUCAAUGGGAGAUUUUAGUAAACCUUUGUCAUGAUACUACUUGACUAUUUUGCCCAUUGAUGUUUUAACAGUGCUACAGUAGUAACAUGGCUUUCAGACUUGACAACAGGUCACAGUAUACAAGCUAAUAAUAUACCAUGACUUCUAGUGCAUGCAUGUUUCAUACUAAUUUUAGGAGUGGCACACACCAAUAACCCAAACAGCCAGAGGGUCAUAGCUGAGGAGCAAGCCAUUCCAACUCUGUUAGAACUUGUGACGCACCAUGAAUCACUGCAGGUCAAGGUAAAUACAUUGGAAAUCGAUCACCCCAAAAAAUCUUUCUCUCUCCUCUUAAAUUUCCUUGGUAGUGCCACAAAAGUCCCACAAACAAGGGCAGCCAAUACUAUAAUUUUCCAUUGAAAGCAAUUUAGGCUUGGGUGACAUGUUGACUCUCCUGCAGGUCCAAGUGGCUCAAACGCUGGCCUGUGUGCUGCUGGGAAACCAGGACCUACAAACGGCCUUUUGGGAAAAAAAGGAGUUUACCUAUGAAACAGUUCUAGAGUUGCUGCGAGUGCCAGAUCAGGUAAACCAUUUGAAAGGCUAUUUGUGGGCUACUUCAUAUCCUCAAACCAACUUUAGCCCAGUAUGUAAUUGAACCUUUCAGUAUGUCAGCAGUCAGCACAGUCACUAACAAUAUGUUGUGGAACAAGAGAUGGGUCUAGUACAGAUUAGAAAGAAAAGCUUACAAGAUCCAAUACAGGUAUCUCAAUGUGCAAUGAACUACUGGCACCUAAUGGACAAGGACUGCUCAAGCACUAAGGGGUGUUGACAAUCCGUAAAGUGGAUUCCCCAUGGCAAUUGCGGAAGUGAUUUGUCAUGUUUGCCUUUUCCCAAUAGGACAUCUGCCUGGAGGCUGGUUAUGCCCUGUCUCUGUUUGCCUACAACAACACCACCCAGCAGGCAGCCAUCCUGCAGAAUGGUGGCCUUCCCAUAGCCAUGUACGAGGCCUUCUUGAACUCCAGGAACGAGAUGGAGAGGGCCAAAGCUGCUUUUCAGGUAGCCAUGAAGCAGAUCAUUGAAAAAAUUAACAUGAGGGCCACAGUAAUAUCAAUGGGUCAUUAACAGCUGCUGAUUUGUAUGUGCUUUCUGUCUUGACACGGAAUUAGUGUUAGGUAAUGCCUUUUAUCGCUACCUUUUAGUUUCGUGGUAACUGGUCACUACUCUCUCCAGAUAGUCGUGUUGGCCAAAGUGAUCACAGACACGGACCAGGUGACUCUGUCUGCCAGAGGGGUGACUGGCCUUGUAGACCUUCUGCAGUCCACUAAUCCCAACACUGUGGUCCUGACAGGUAACUUCAGCCCAGUACUAUGUAUGGGAAGAACAUUAUAUACAGUGGGGAGAACAAGUAUUUGAUACACUGCCGAUUUUGCAGGUUUUCCUACUUACAAAGCAUGUAGAGGUCUGUAAUUUGUAUCAUAUGUACACUUCAACUGUGAGAGACGGAAAAAAAAAUCCAGAAAAUCACAUUGUAUGAUUUUUAAGUAAUUAAUUUGCAUUUUAUUGCAUGACAUAAGUAUUUGAUCACCUACCAACCAGUAAGAAUUCCGGCUCUCACAGACCUGUUAGUUUUUCUUUAAGAAGCCCUCCUGUUCUCCACUCAUUACCUGUAUUAACUGCACCUGUUUGAACUCGUUACCUGUAUAAAAGACCUGUCCACACACUCAAUCAAACAGACUCCAACCUCUCCACAAUGGCCAAGACCAGAGAGCUGUGUAAGGACAUCUGGGAUAAAAUGGUAGACCUGCACAAGGGUGGGAUGGGCUACAGGACAAUAGGCAAGCAGCUUGGUGAGAAGGCAACAACUGUUGGCGCAAUUAUUAGAAAAUGGAAGAAGUUCAAGAUGACGGUCAAUCACCCUCCGUCUGGGGCUCCAUGCAAGAUCUCACCUCGUGGGGCACCAAUGAUCAUGAGGAAGGUGAGGGAUCAGCCCAGAACUACACGGCAGGACCUGGUCAAUGACCUGAAGAGAGCUGGGACCACAGUCUCAAAGAAAACCAUUAGUAACACACUACGCCAUACUACGCCGUCAUGGAUUAAAAUACUGCAGCGCACGCAAGGUCCCCCUGCUCAAGCCAGCGCAUGUCCAGGCCCGUCUGAAGUUUGCCAAUGACCAUCUGGAUGAUCCAGAGGAGGAAUGGGAGAAGGUCAUGUGGUCUGAUGAGACAAAAAUAGAGCUUUUUGGUCUAAACUCCACUCUCCGUGUUUGGAGGAAGAAGAAGGAUGAGUACAACCCCAAGAACACCAUCCCAACCAUAAAGCAUGGAGGUGGAAACAUCAUUCUUUGGGGAUGAUUUUCUGCAAAGGGGACAGGACGACUGCACCGUAUUGAGGGGAGGAUGGAUGGGGCCAUGUAUUGCGAGAUCUUGGCCAACAACCUCCUUCCCUCAGUAAGAGCAUUGAAGAUGGGUCGUGGCUGGGUCUUCCAGCAUGACAACGACCCGAAACACACAGCCAGGGCAACUAAGGAAUGGCUCCGUAAGAAGCAUCUCAAGGUCCUGGAGUGGCCUAGCCAGUCUCCAGACCUGAACCCAAUAGAAAAUCUUUGGAGGGAGCUGAAAGUCCGUAUUGCCCAGCGACAGCCCCGAAACCUGAAGGAUCUGAAGAAGGUCUGUAUGGAGGAGUGGGCCAAAAUCCCUGCUGCAGUGUGUGCAAACCUGGUCAGGUCCUACAGGAAACGUAUGAUCUCUGUAAUUGCAAACAAAGGUUUCUGUACCAAAUAUUAAGUUCUGCUUUUCUGAUGUAUCAAAUACUUAUGUCAUGCAAUAAAAUGCAAAUUAAUUACUUAAAAAUCAUAAUGUGAUUUUCUGGAUUUUUGUUUUAGAUUCCGUCUCUCACAGUUGAAGUGUACCUAUGAUCAAAAUUACAGACCUCUACAUGCUUUGUAAGUAGGAAAACCUGCAAAAUCGGCAGUGUAUCAAAUACUUGUUCUCCCCACUGUACACUAAACAAAAAUAUAAACGCAACAUGUAAACUGUUGGUCCCAUGUUUCAUUAGCUGUAAUAAAAGAUCCCAGAAAUGUUCCAUAUGCACAAAAAGCUUAUUUCUCUCACAUUUUGUGCACAAAUUUGUUUACAUCCCUGUUAGUGAGCAUUUCUCCUUUGCCAAGAUAAUCCAUCCACCUGACAGGUGUGGCAUAUCAUGAAGCUGAUUAAGCAGCAUGGUCAUUACACGGGUGCACCUUGUGCUGGGGACAAUAAAAACCCACUCUAAAAUGUGCAGUUUUGAAUGCACAGAAAUACUGUGACGAGAUCCUGACGCGCAUUUUCUUUAAAGGUAUCUGUGACCAACAGAUACAUAAUUAAUUAAUUUCAAUUGACUGACUUCCUUAUAUGAACUGUAACUCAGUAAAAUCUUUGAAAUUGUUGCAUGUUACGUUUAUAUUUUUGUUCAGUAUAGAAUAACACUUGUCUGACCUUGCUGCAUACAUUUCUGCCAUAGCUCAGUUGCUAGCCAGUCUGGCUCACACCCGGGCAGGUAUUCCUGAUGCUAUUGUCACCAUGGGAGCUGUUGGUCACCUAUGCGCUCACCUGUAUUCUGAGGAGGAAGAGGUAAGGAUGGGACUGGUGGUAUGGGGGAGCAUUCCUGUCUAUGACUAUUGCCUGAAAAUUACCAAGAUAAUUCAUUCUACAACCAUCAAAUGCUAUCCAACUUUACAUAUUUCAGGUUAUGAUGUGCAGAUUUUUGAUACAAGCAUGGUGGUGAAAUCCUUAAUAUUUUCAGGUGCGAACGGCAUCUUCAAGUGCCCUCGGCUACCUCACCUUUAAUCGUCACGCACAUCGCCUCUUGUUGGUGGAAUGUCGAAACACUCCAUCUAUGUACGACCUUAUGACCCAGCAUCUCAUCGAGGACGCCAAGAUCUCACACGUUUUUACUGCUGAGUUCGAAAGGCAGAAAAUAGUGGGGCUGCCAUCACUAAGGUAUGUUAGUUUUUUUGCCCUAAAAAGCAAUGCUUUCAUAUAUUUCUAGCUGGGAUAACAUCAAUAAUUUCUGUCCUUUUUAACAGUUUGGAGAUAAAUGGUGGCCCACCUGUUCCUCAACGCAACAAAAAAGGUACAUUUUGUUAUGCUGUAAAUAAUGAUUUGAAUCUAUUUAUAUAAUAAAAAGUCAUAAUGGUCUAUGUCAUCGUCUUUGUCGCCUCUACCUAUGUCAGGUUUGUCCAAAAAGACAAGCCGCACUCCUGGCCUGUCAGUGUCUGCAGGCCACUUUGGGCGGACCAGCUCGGCUCCAGUUCUUCAGCUUCAACCCCAGAGGAGCAGGACAGCCAACCCCAAGGUUAGGCUGCAGGGAGAGUGGCCAACCCAUAGCUCCCAGCCCACCCUGGAGUCACUGGGGCUGGAUAAGGACAGCCAGAGACCCCAGCAAAGGCAGUGACCCUGGAGGUCAGCCUAGGAUCUAGCCUGACUGGACUAGCUUAAAGUAGUAGUGAAUUUAUGACUCAGGGAACCAUUCUAUUUAUGUUCAAGAUGAAUAUAUUACAUUUAUAUUAUUAAUGG